GCCUAAAGAUCGCUCAGAGAAAUUUACACCGAGGAAAGCACCCUCAACUCUCCCUUUCAGAAACCAUUUCUAACAACCGUUGGAAAUGAAAAUAUCCUAGCUCCUUUAAGAUAACCCACGGGGAUUUGGGUCACCUAAAUAGAUGCCCAACCCCUGGCUUUUCGCUUGGAAGUCGUUUCCAAGUAGCCGUGCCUUAUUUACUCCGCCGGGGAGGUAAGGCCCGCAGGAAGACCUGGCCAGUUCAGCUCUGGAGAAAUACACAAGCAGGUCUUCACUUCAGACACCAGGAGCCCUCCCGCAACCUUCCAAGGGGGCGCCCUGGGUCCCAGCCCUCUCGGCUGGGAGCGGUUGGCCGCCGCGCUCUUCCGGGGCCUGGAGGAGGGGCGAAGGUCUAAGACCCGCCUCCACUGGGGCGGAGCCACGGCCCGGGACUGGCCUAAACGGCCGCAGGACAUCAUGAAGCAGCUGCCAGUCUUGGAGCCUGGAGACAAGCCCAAGAAAGAAACAUGGUACACCCUGACCCCAGUUGGAGACAGCCCCUGUGCACGGGUUGGUCACAGCUGCUCAUAUUUACCCCCUGUUGGUGACGCUGAGAGAGGGAUGGUCUUCAUUGUUGGGGGAGCAGAUCCAAACAGAAGCUUCUCAGAUGUGCACACCAUAGAUCUGGGAACCCACCAGUGGGGUUUAGCCACCUCCAAGAGCCUCCUGCCCCGGUACGAGCAUGCCAGCUUCAUUCCCUCCAGCACACCUCACAGCAUCUGGGUGUUUGGAGGGGCCGACCAGUCAGGAAAUCGAAACUGCCUGCAAGUUCUGAAUCCUGAUACCAGGACUUGGACCACCCCAGAGGUGACCGGCCCACCGCCAUCCCCAAGAACAUUCCACACAUCAUCGGCAGCCAUUGGAGACCAGCUGUAUGUCUUCGGGGGUGGAGAGAGAGGUGCCCAGCCAGUGCAGGAUAUGGAGCUUCAUGUGUUUGAUGCAAACACCCUGACCUGGUCACAACCAGAGACACAUGGAAAACCUCCAUCCCCCCGACAUGGUCAUGUGAUGGUGGCAGCAGGGACAAGGCUCUUCAUCCAUGGAGGCUUGGCAGGGGACAAUUUCUAUGAUGAUCUCCAUUGCAUUGAUAUCAGUGACAUGAAGUGGCAGAAGCUAACGCCCACCGGGGCAGCUCCCACAGGCUGUGCUGCUCACUCAGCUGUGGCCGUGGGGAAACACGUGUAUGUCUUCGGAGGAAUGACUCCCACAGGAGCCCUGAAUACAAUGUACCAGUAUCACAUAGAAAAGCAGCAUUGGACCUUGCUUAAAUUUGAUAAUUCUCCUCCCGCUGGAAGGUUGGACCAUUCCAUGUGUAUCAUUCCAUGGCCAGGCACGUGUACUUCUGAGAAAGAAGAUUCAAAUUCAGCCACUCUAAACUGUGAUGCUGAGAAAGGGGAUUCCACUGAGAAAGGAGUGACUCAAGGUGGUGACUCACAUGAAGAAAGUCAGGCUGACACACUGCUCUGUUUUGUGUUUGGUGGAAUGAAUACAGAAGGGGAAAUCUAUGAUGAUUGUAUUGUGACUGCAGUUGAUUAAUAAAACCCAUGUUUUUACU